AUGCGUGGAAUCAAGUUGCCUUGGAUUCUGGUGGUCUCAAAAAUACUAGCUUUACAGUUUCUGCAAUUGUCCGCCGCCGGCUUUGACCUAGAUUCAUUUGACCUGAUCAAUCAACACGUCUCUUACUCAUUAUAUGAUUCUCGAAUCUUCAAUAUAACCACCGAUAUUAGAAGUUAUAAUCAAAGGUUGCACUUCAUCCUAGAAAGAAACGAUGAUCUUAUCGCACAUGAUAUCUCUAUUCGACAUUUGAGCAGCGAUGGAAAUGAGAAGGAGGAUCUUGAAUCAUUCCAUCGUGCUCUUCAAUUUGCCAGAGGAUCGGUUCGCAUGGGAAGAACACCACAGACAAGCGAAGAGGUCGGAUGGGCAAGACUAGAAUUGAUCUGGGAUGUGGCAAACCCUUCCUUUCGUGGGACAUUUACCAUAAUGAAAGAUCAGUACACCGUUGAGCCUAAGAUAACCAAUAACGGCUCUACAAUGAUGAUAUCCUCAAAACGACCGGCACACAGCCUCGACAAUCGAUGCAAAACUUCGCCGGAAUACCUCUCCCACAAAAGACAAUCUUCAAAUCAAUGGGACAACAGUAAUUUGAUAGCCAACAUUGGUAGCACGAACGGCUGUCCGAGCACGAGACGGAUAGCUUACAUUGGGAUAGUCACUGAUUGUACUUUCACUACAAGCUUCGACUCCACUGAUUCCACUCACCGAUACAUCUUGAACAUGGUUAAUACCGCAUCGGUGGUCUUUGAGAGCAGCUUCAAUAUAUCUCUGGGCAUACGAAAUUUGACUAUCAGUGACACUGAAUGUCCUACCAGUGGCUCAAGGAUAAAUGCGUGGAACGCUCCAUGCUCGCAAGGGAAUCUGAACACGCGUCUUCAGACUUUCUCUCAAUGGAGGAGCUCCCUUGACGAUCGCAAUGCUUACUGGACUUUGUUAAGUGGGUGUUCCGUUUCUGUGGGCGAAAUCGGAGUAUCAUGGGUUGGUGCCUUGUGCAACUCGGGGGGUGGCUAUAACAACGGGGGAUCCAGUGCCAAUGUCGUCGCUCGAACCCAGACUCAGUGGCAGGUAUUUGCGUAA